AUGGGCUUCAUUUCGUCUCUUACUCGCUCGAUUUGCAAUAACAAACUAUCCCGCAAAUUAUCCACCUCGAAACCACACAACCCUCAUUACGAUGACUCCAAAGACCUGAUCAAGAUCUCUUCCAACACUGGGUCUCUCACACGAGUUGAUAGUAUUGCUUCCACAAUUCGUCUCUCGAACCAAGAACCUAUUACUCCAACGGAGUCGCCAACUCACCGGAAAAGACUUACGCCCGCCGACCUCAAUCUCCAAACACUAUUCGAUAAUGCAGAAGCGUUGAAUCCUGCAACAAACCAUGCAGUGAGGGCAUUCACCUUGCCUGAGUAUCCAGUCUUGCAGAUGGAUACAGUGCAAUCACCAUCGGAUUAUACGGAGAGGAAAUUGCAGGAUCCUAUUGAUACGAGUGACAAAUGGAGUGGCAAGAAGAAUAUGGCCCGGAGAUCAAAGAGUGUGAGAGUUCCAGUUGACAGAAAUAAAUGUGGAAAGUCGGGUAUGAAAAGUUCUGGGAUAAUCGAGCCAGGGUCGAAGAUCAAGAGAUCCAUGACUGGUUUAUUGAGAAGGGGCUCUUCUUUGAAGAUUCCGCGGUCUUCGUUGUCGUUGAAGACGUUACGGGGAUCAACACCAGUGAAGGACUUGGAUCGAGUGAGUCUUACGGAAGACAACUUUUCUUUUGACGAGAAAGCGGAAUUGAAGUGGUUGGAGCUAAAUGGAUUGAAUGAUCGGGGGUUGGACUUUGGGAUUUGGCAUAGCAAUGAAUUCGGACAUCCUUGGUACUACUAG